AUGAGACUUCUUGCGGCCCUAUCCUUGCCCGCCUUCAUGGCAAGCUUGACUGCAGCGCAGUCUACGUCUGUUGAGCACACAUUGCUUUUCCCAUUGGCAAACUUUCAUGGUAGUGAUGGCACUGCUGUCAUUAAUAUCGGUGGCUGCAUCACUCUGCCUGGAGAUGCCCCUAUUGGAUCUGUCCGCGUCGCAUCGGAUGAGACCUGUACUCUGUACCCGUAUGACUGCGCACCUGUCCGGUUCCAAUUUAUCAAUCAACUCACAAAAGUUAGGAAUAACUACUGUCAGGGCGACACCAGCCAGGCAAUUUCUGCAAACGUUGCUCAAUUUCCAGACUCUCAGACAUGGAUUGGUAUCACCUGUAGCUUUGGCAGUCCUGAUAGUUCUGAUGGAUUUGGUCCCUGA